GCAAACGUCUACCUCUCUUCAUCAGCAACAUUGUUAUUCCUUCUUAACAGCCGGAUUGCAACGUUUUUUUGAUUCUUUAAACAUUUUAUUUCAUUUACAUUGCAUAUAAUUUUGUGAAAUUUGUAACAAUUAUCUUUUUUAAUCUACAGAAUUGGAUAAUUUUUGCCACAUCCUGAAUUAUAAGGAAUAAACCAAGAAAAGAAAAAUAACUAUCAGUCACAACAUCAUCAUCAGCAACAGCAAGAGCAUCACAUCAGCAGCAUCAUCAUCAUCAUUUUACUCUAAAAAGUGUGGUUAUUGUUAACUUGUCUUCCUUUUUGCUAUAUAUUUGUGAUUAUUUGGAAAUAUCUUUAAUUUAAUAAAUAUAUUGUUUGUUAUAUACAAAUAUCAAGAUGACUGAAACUCCUGCGAUAAGAAGAAUUGUUAAACAGGUACUUUCUGGUGACUCUAUUAUUAUUAGAGACAAGCCACGUGGAGCUCCUCCUGAAGAAAUCCAAGUUGGAUUAAGCUGGAUUAUUGCACCGAAGAUGGGUAGAAAAAGUGGAAAUAAGGAAGAAAUACCUGAGGAUAUUGGUGCCUUUGAGGCAAGAGAAUUUUUACGUAAACGUUUAGUUGGUAAAGAAAUUAUUUUCAAAAAAUUAUAUUCAGUACCAAUUGGACCAGGUGGAUCACGAGAUUGUGGACUAAUUUAUCUUGACAACGAUGAACAAUCUAUUAAUGAAAAGUUAAUUGAUGAAGGAUUAGCUGAAGUAAUUAAGCGUCGUCAAAAUGAAGAGUCACCAAUUUACAAGCGUAUGAUUGAAUUGGAAGAAGCUGCAAAAGAAGGUAAAAAAGGAAAAUGGGCUCCAGUUGGUGAAAAGAAAAGCUUUAAAAGGAGAAUUGUUCACCAAGAAUUGAGUCAAGAUACAGCUGAAAGUUUAAAAAAUAAAACUUUCAAGGAGAAUGCUAUUGUGGAAUAUAUCCAAAGUGCUGAUCAAAUGAGAAUUUCAUUAUUGGUUAAUAAAGAAAAACAUGAAUGGCAAAUGAUAACAUUGAGAUUAUCUGGAAUAAAAUGUCGAAAUGAUUCCCAAUUAGCGGAAGAAAGUAAAUUUUUUGUUGAAAGUAGAAUCCUUCAACGAGAUGUUUUGGUUAAAAUUGAAUCAUUACAGAGAACUGGUGAUAAUCCAAUAUUAUUUGGAUCAGUUUUUGGUGGACGUGAUAACGCUAAUAACAUUGCUAUAGCAUUAUUGAAGGAAGGUUAUGGUACAAUUAUUGAUGUAACAUUAAAAUUGACUCCUGAUCCAGCUCAAUAUAGAGCAGCAGUGGCUGACGCAAAAGCACGAAAAGUACGAAUUUGGAAAGAUUACAAGGGUGGUGUUGAUGGUAAAAGUGGUGGUGCCGGUGAAAAUGGUGUUGAAGGUGCUGGAAAGACUUCAUUUGAUGGUAAAGUUAUUGAAAUUAUAAAUGGUGAUGCAUUGAAUAUAAUUUCAAAUAAGGAUGGUCAAGUGAAGAAAGUAUUUUUAGCAUCUAUUCGUCCACCUCCUAGACGAGCUGAUAUUGCACCUGAUCAAAAGGUACGAGCUUUAUAUGAUACACCAUAUAUGUUUGAAGCUCGUGAAUUUUUGAGAAAAAAGUUGAUUGGAAAAAAUGUUAAAGUUAUCGUUGAUUAUGUUCAACCUAAGAAUGAAAAUUUUCCAGAAAAAACUUGUGCAACUGUUAUGCUUGGAGGUGUAAAUAUUGGUGAAGCUCUUGUUUCUCGUGGUUUAGCAAGUGUUGUUAAAUAUCGAGCUGAUGAGGAGAGGAAAGCAUCAAAUUAUGAUGUUUUAUUGGACAGUGAAAUAAAGGCUGAAAAGGCAAAGAAAGGUAUACAUGGCAAAGAAGCACAAGGAAAAAAAGUUGUGGAUUUAUCGUUUGAUGUUAGUAAAGCUAAAGGAUUUAUGCCUUUCUUAAUAAAAAGUGGCCAAGGUGGACCUAGAAAAGAUGGUUUAGUAGAGCAUGUGUUUUCAGCAUCUCGUAUAAAAGUAUUUAUACCAAAAGAGAAUUGUUUAAUUAAUUUAAUCAUUGGAGGUAUAAAUGCAGAUAAGCCAAACGACAGUAAAUAUGGUCAAGCUGGAUUUGAAUUGGUAAAAAGUUUGGUACAUCAACGAGAUAUUCAGUGUUCAAUUGAGAACAUGGAUAAAGUUGGAAAUUACAUUGGUUAUGUGUAUUAUGAGACUGAACCAGGACAUUGGAAAAAUUUAUCAUUAACAUUAAUUGAAAAAGGAUUGGCAUCAAUUCGAGAUGCUCGUGAUGCUGAAAUGAUUCGGGCUGAAGAAGAAGCAAAGAAAGAAAAAAUUGGUUUAUGGGCUGAUUGGGUACCAGAAGAAGAAGAAGAUGAUGAAGACGAAGACAAUGAAGAUAAUGUUUCUGAUGAUAAUGUUGAUGAAACUGAAGAUGGUGAAACAGGAGAAAAAGAAGGAAAUGCAACAACAUCUUCAACAACGGGAACAACAUCAACAUCACCAGGAGGAGGAACAACAGAAAAAACAACGGAAAAUAAAAACGGCGUAGAAAGUAAGAAAAAGUCAAAGAAAGAAGGACAACAAGAAGAUUACAGUAAAUUGGAUAAAGUUGUUCCUGUGGAAGUGAAUGGAGAUUUGACUGGAUUUUAUGCUCAACACAUAAAACAAGGAGAAAAAUUAGAGAAAUUAUUAGAUUCAAUGCAAGAAGAAUUAAAGAAAAACCCACCAACACCAUUUUCUUAUAACUUUAAGAAAGGUGAAAUUGUAUCAGCUAAAUAUUCUGAUGGUCGAUGGUACAGAGGAAAAAUCGAAAAGCUUAACGUAAAUGCUAAAACUGCUGAUAUAUUUUUCAUUGAUUAUGGUAACAGUGAAGUUGUAUCACAAGAAAAUUUGGCACCUUUACCAUCAGCAGAUUAUUCAAUCAACAAUUUUCCAGCUGCUGCUAUAUUGUAUGGUCUUGCCUUUAUGACUCUACCUGCUAAUGAUAGUGAAGCAUUGGCUGAUGCUAAAGGAGCGUUUGAAACAACUAUUCUUGGAAAAGAGUUUUAUCUGAAGAAAGAAUAUGCUGAAACAUUGAAUGGUAAUCCAAUUGACAUGGUCAGUCUAAUUGAUGUUGAAAGUAAACAAAAUGCUUGCGUGAAUUUAGUUAAACAAGGAUAUUUCAUGGUUAAAAAUAUUAGAGAAAGAAGGAAAGAUACAAAAUUCAACAAAAUUUUAUCGGAAUAUAAAAGUGCUCAAGAAGUGGCCAAAAAGAAGCGAUUGGUUCUCUGGGUUUAUGGUGAUAAUACCGAAGAUGAUGCUAGAGAAUUUGGUCUAGCUAAAUAACUAAUCAAAUGAUUAAACAACAAACAACUUAAUUGAAUGUUCUGUUCACGAAGAUUACAGAAUCAAAAACCUCACGUCUAGCGGGAUAACUAUUCAUCUAAUAAUCAAAGAACGCAAUGAAAUAUUUCUUUCGUUAAUGAUCUCCAUUCAUUUAUGACGCUCUUCCUCCUCUUGUUGACUCUUUUGUAGCUUUCAUCCUCUUUUCGUUACUUCUUUCUCCUUCGCAUUGCAUCUUUACAUAUCUUCUAUCCCUUUCCAUUUUUGGUCCACGCAACAACCUCGGGUUAUUUUCAGUCAUAUAAUCUAUAAAGUAACAAUCAAUUUAACUUUUUUCAACAAAAAUCAUACUGGAUUACUCUAUCGGAGCUUAUUAACUAUUAAUCUAUUCAAACGGUCGUUUUUCAUUUUGAUUCAAGUGCAGAUCAGCAGAACUAAGUUCAAUUUGUUUCCAGUUAAAUGAUUCAAAUUUAGCUCAAAUUUUGAUUUUUCUAAUCACGCUCUAACAACAUUGUACUUGGGAUACCUGCAAACAAUAUUUUCAUCAAAUAAAUGGUCUCAUCAUUAUUAUAAUCAUAACCAUUCUCUCAUCAUCCUUACCAUGACUCAACUAUCAUCAUUAAUAUAAUUCAAUGCAUGGAAUGUGCCUUAUUUUAGUGAUAUACCUUUACUCCUUAACUAUUCUGGUGCAACAUUAUUCAUUUAUAGUAUAUCACUGAACGAAAACAAAUUUUUACCAAUGAGUAAGAUUCAACGACUCCAAUGUAAUCAACUAAUUUGUUGUAAUUGAUAUAAUUAACCCAAACAUUUACUUCGCAGUGAAAUUUUUCAAGUCCAAAUUUUGCUUCCUAUACUUGCAAACAAACCUUUUUUAUUGGGAAAUGUAUCUUUUGAGUGAUCUAAUGUUCAUUUAAUUGUUAUUAAUAAAGUUUGA